UCCCCUCCCCCCCUUCAUUCCGUCCUCCGUUUCUCUGGAUUAUAAACCUCCUCUUACGAAGAACAAACCGGACCUGCUGGAAUUUUAGUUUACCCCACAUCGAUCCUAUCAUCGCCUUCAAUAAGUAUGGAUUUCAGCAAGCUUCAAGGCUUCGGCAAAAACAUCUCGUCCAGCUUCACUCCAUUCGCUACCCGCACCCAGCAGUUUAUGCGGGAGCAGCUGGGGCAAGCCGAUGAAAAGACCCAACUGCCUCCCGAUUACCUCGAACUUGAGAAACGUGUCGAUGCAUUAAAGAACGUUCACCAGAAGAUGCUGGCAGUUACGGCACAAUAUGGAAACGAGUCUUAUGAUUACCCACCAAAUCUGCGUGAGUCCAUUGUCGAUUUGUCUCGUACUACUUUCGAGAAGGUGCAGCUCCUUGGGAACGCCAGUACCGCUGCCGAAGCUCAGAAUAUCCUGACCAAGCCCGGUACCAAAACUGCCCCGAAAACAUUCCCCCAUGCCAUCGGCCGCGCUUCACUUGCUGCUGCCCAUUCUCUUGAUCCUGCCGAGCCCCUCGCCGCCGCUCUUGAGAAGUACGCUCUUGCUAGCGAGCAAGUCGGUGAAGCUCGUCUACAUCAGGAUGCUCAGAUUGUAUCCAGGUUUAACUCUGCAUUCACUACUACUCUCAACACCAACUUGAUGUUCGCUACUAAGGCCCGCAAGAACGUUGAAAACGCACGCCUCUCUCUCGAUGCUGCUAAGUCUAGAGCAAAGAGCGAUGGUGUUGUCGAGGAUGAGGGCUUGACGGAAGAGCAGAGAGUGGAGGUUGAGACCGCUGAGGACGAGUUUGUAGGGUGCACAGAGGAGGCCGUCGGUGUCAUGAAGAAUGUCCUUGACACUCCUGAACCUUUGAGGAAUCUUGCGGAUUUGGUUCAGGCCCAGUUGGAAUUCCACAAGAAGGCUUACGAAAUAUAUUCUGAGCUGGCACCUUUGAUUGAGAGCUUGCAGGUUGAACAAGAGGCUAGCUAUAGAAAAUCCAGGGAGGAGGGGGCAUAAGUUGGAUUGAAGCUGAUCGGCACUGUUGACCGAGGGUUUUUAAAACAAAAAUGAAAAAAAAUCUCGAGGUCAAUGAUGCUGGCGUUUAUUGACUUUGGUUCUUGCUCUGUCAAUUCUAAUGUUUUCUGCGGGCUAAAUUUCGGCAGUAGCUGUUCCUUGAGGAUGAAAGGGCCUGCCCUUUUACUUUUUUGCUCCUUCGGAAUACCACUCAUUCAUUAUCUUUGGCCCGUUUCUUCAUAUUUUUCUUGCGUUGUAAUUCUUCAAUUUUUACUCUUUGUCACUUCGGAGGGUAGUAUUUAGCACUUUUCCUACAUAACGU